AUGGGCAAGCUCAUCGCCCUCGAGCUCAACAAUUUCAAGUCCUACAAGGGCCACCAUGUCCUUAACUUCGGCGAUAGCUACUUCACCUCCAUCAUCGGCCCCAAUGGCUCCGGCAAGUCCAACUCCAUGGACGCCAUCUCCUUCGUCCUCGGCAUCAAGUCUUCGCAUUUGCGAUCCACCCAUCUCCGCGAGCUGGUCUACCGCGGGCGCGUCCUGAAGCACUCCAAGAUCAACGCCGACGGAACGGCAACCGAUGAUGUAAAUGGAGACGCCAACGGCGAUGCUGAGGCAGGCGCGUCAGACGACGAGGAUGCUGAAACGCAGGCCAGCACUCAGCGCAACGAUCCUGCGACAGGGUGGGUCAUGGCUGUCUACGAGGACGAUGCCGGCGAGGAGCAACGAUGGAAGCGGAGCAUCACCUCGUCCGGCUCCAGCGAGUACCGCAUCAACAACCGCGUCGUCACCGCGAAGCAAUACAAUGAGGCGCUGGAAGCGGAGAACAUCCUUAUCAAAGCGCGCAACUUUUUGGUCUUCCAGGGCGACGUCGAAUCCAUAGCAAACUCGAACCCUAUCGAGAAGACGCGUCUCAUCGAGCAGAUCAGUGGCUCAGUGGAGUACAAGGAGGAGUACGAGCGAUUGAAGGUGGAGAAGCAGAACGCGGACGAAGAGCAGGAGUACCGCCUGAAGCAGCGUCGCGCGAUCAACGGUGAGAUUCGGCAGUUCAAGGAGCAGAAGGAUGAGCUGGACAAAUACGAGGGGAUGCGCGAGGAGAAAGACCAAGCUGUUGUCACUCAUGUCCUCUGGAAGCUGUUUCACUUCCAACGAACCAUCGAAGACAGCACUGCUGAAAUCCAGAAGCAUCAGCAGGAACUGAAGGAAUUCCGCCGGACUGUCAAGAAGCACGAAGACAAACUUGCCGCAGCGCAGAAGGAGCACGCUGAGAUCGGACGUAAUGUCAGUCGUGCCGAGCGAGACAUCAAGCGCAAAGAGAAAGAAAUCCAAGAAAAGGAGAACGCGCUUGUUCCGAUCGAUGAGAAGCUGGACAUCUCCAACAAGAAUCUCUUGGCGCAUCAGAGGAAGAUUGCCGAGUUCACCAAGGAGCGAGAGUCGCAGGAGCAGACCGAGAAGCAACUUUCGAGCAAUCUGAAGAAGACGGAAAAGGCUCAAAAGCAUUGGGAGGACCAAUUUAAAGCCCAGCAGCAGCAGGCUGGACGAGAGCUGAGCGAUCAAGAUCUGCAAGAGUACCAACGUCUGCGUGGCGAGGUGUACAAGCGAUCUGGACAGGACCAGAUCCAGGUCGACCAGCUGGCACGCCAACUGAAAACGGAUGAAGAGACCGUCAACAGCCUCAAGUCAAAGGUCGACAGCACACAAACUCAAGUCAACGCUCUGGAAGCAGAAGUCGGCGGUCUGCAGGAGCGCAGAGGAGAGCACACUGCGGCCAUCAAGUCUACCACGAAGGACAUCGCGGCGAAGAAGAAAGCUGUCAACGCUCUCGCUAGCGAACGGGAGCGCACCAGACAGAAACAUGACGAGCUGGACGAGAAGCUGCUCACGGUACUCCACAAGCUUAAUGAUGCUCAAAGCGCCCAGCGCGAGUCUCGCAGGGAGCAGCAGCAGCGUGAGAUGGUCAGCCAACUUAAGCGUCUCUUCCCUGGUGUCAAGGGUAUGGUGCACCAGCUGUGCCGCCCCAAGCAGAAGAAGUAUGAGACUGCCAUCAGCACUGCGAUGGGCCGUCACUGGGACGAUGUCGUCGUGGACUCGCAGAAGACGGCGCAGAGCUGCAUGGACCACUUGAAGGAGCAGCGGCUGAGCAGGAUAACUUUCGUGCCUCUCGAUACGAUCAUCCACGAACAGCGAAAUGCGAACCUGCGCGGUAUUGCUCAGGGUGUGCGUCUGGCCAUUGACACUAUCGACUACGAUAGCAACUACGAGCGCGCUAUGACUUAUGCGUGCGGCAAUGCUCUGAUCACCGACACCCUCGCUACCGCCCGCCAGCUCUGCUACGAGCGUGGCGUCAACGCGAAGGCCGUCACCUUGGAUGGCACGGUCAUCCACAAAGGCGGCAACAUGACUGGUGGCGAAGAUCCGACCGACCGUAAGCGUCGCUUCGAGGAAGCAGACGUCGACAAUUUGCGAGCACUGGCGGACAAGUUUAAAGCUGAUAUCGAGGCACUGCCGAAGGGGCAUAAAGAGCGCGUCGAGGAAGAGCAGCUGCAGAGCGAGCUGAACGGGCUCGAGGCGAAGAUGAAGUACGCGCAGGAUGAAGUCAAGGCUCUUGAUCGGAAUAUCGAGUCGAAGACGAAGGAGCUGCAGCAUGUGCAGAGGCAGUUGAGGGAGGUGCAGCCCAAGUACGAGGAUCAAGCUGGUGGUGUCGAGACUCUGAGGCAGCAGUUGAACGAAAGCAAGGGCAGCAUUGAAGAUGUGGAGGAUGAUGUAUUUGCUGCGUUCUGCCAGCGGCUGGGAUACGAUAGCAUUCGCGACUACGACAGGCAGCAGGGAUCUAUGCAAGAGGAGAAGAUCCAGAAGGAGAAUGAGUUCCGGGUGCAAUGUUCGCGUCUAGAGAACUCUCUGCAGUUCGAGACACAGCGGCUGGUGAGCACGAGGAAGAGGAUUGCGGAUGAGCAGAAGAGGAUGGAACGGGAUCAGCAGCUUGUAGAAGAGCUGGAGGCGCAGAAGGAGGAGUUGGGUGGUGAGCUUGAUGAACUCAAUGCCGACGUCGAGCAAUUGAACGAGCAGCUGGCAGAGGUCAGGCAGGAGUACGAUCAGCGAGCAGAGAAGGUUAGCGAGGCGAGGAGGGAGGUACAGAAGAGACAGAAGUCGGUCGAUGCAACGCUGAAGGCUGUUGCGGAAGCAGAGGGCGAGGCGCAGGCAGCUUCAACGAAACGCUACACUACUCUUCGCCAAUGCAAGGUCGAGAACAUCGACCUCCCCCUCGAAGAAGGCAGCCGCAAGCUCGACUCCCUCCCCCUCGGCGAGGGUCUCCUAGGCGAAGACGAGGACGCCAUGGACGUCGACGGCGAGGAAGCCGGCCAAACCAACGACUACGGCAUUUACCUCGACUUCACCUCCCUGGACGACGACCUCCAAGAAGACACGACGGACGAAAUGGAGACCACGCUCCUCGACAAAAUCGCCUCCCUCACCACCACCCUCGACAAAAUGGCCCCCAACAUGCGCUCCGCCGAGCGCCUCACCACCACUCACGACCGCCUGACCGCUACGGAGCGCGACUUCAACGCCUCCCGCUCCGCCGCGCGCGCCGCGACCAAAGCCUUCGAGCGCGUCCGCAAGCAGCGCGCCGACCUCUUCAACCGCGCGUACACGCACAUCGCCGAGCAGAUCGGCACCAUCUACAAAGAACUGACCAAAACCCUCUCCUUCCCCCUCGGCGGGCAAGCGCACAUGAGCCUCGAAGACGACGACGAGCCCUACCUCGCCGGCGUCAAGUACCACGCCAUGCCGCCCCUAAAACGGUUCCGCGACAUGGAGCACUUGUCGGGUGGGGAGAAAACCAUGGCCGCGCUCGCGCUGCUCUUCGCGGUCCACACGUACGCGCCGUCCCCGUUCUUCGUCCUGGAUGAGGUGGACGCGGCGCUGGAUAAUGCCAACACGGCGCAGCUGGCCAACUACGUAAGGGAGCACGCGGGGCCGGGGAUGCAGUUUGUGGUUAUUAGUUUGAAGACGGGGUUGUUUCAAAAUUCGGAGACGUUGGUCGGGGUGAUGCGGGAUCAGGGGGUUAAUUCUUCGAGGGUGCUGACGCUUGAUGUGAGUAUUUCUUCUUCUCUUGGCUUUAUGGGGUUGGGUGUGGUUGCUAAUGUGGUUUUGGCAGUUGCGGAAGUAUCAGGCUGUUGCUUGAGCGUGACGAUGGAAAGGGAAAAUGGGAAGGAGGAGAUAGGUGCUGGCGUUCUGUGCGCUUCUUACGGGAAGAAUAUCGCUGUGCCGCGCAGAAUGGACGUCGUAGUGGCUUCACAGCUUUACUUGCUUCGAGACGUCCAUACCGUGGAGCCUGGCGCUUUCUAUGGGAAAGCUCGCUGUGGCAUGCAAACAUCGACGCCUCCGCUUUGCGGUCUUGCUUUGACAAUCUACAGAGUGGCGCGUACAUGA